CGCAAAGCCAGGUCCACAUUGGGACGUGGACGAACUGGUAUGCCCUGUCCGCUUCAUACGGGGCGCCUACUCACCUCGACCAGGUCACACGGGAAAGUGCUCGGUGCGACGCUGACGCUUACCGAUCGCAAUGGCAACUUCCUCAUCGCUUUCAUAGCGCUCUUCGUAGCCUUUGUCGGAGGGAGCUUCUUCCGUGUCGUCUGCUUCUUCACCCACCUGCUGCUCUCCUCAGGAAGGCCACACGACACAAUACACCAUCAGCGACAAGCCGUUUUGCGCAACUCGGAGUCCGGCCUCACAGCGAUCUGGGCGUUUAUGAAGCUCAUCUGGAAAUGGAGGAAGAAUGGAGAUCGGCCCGUCCUCCGCCUCCUUCCGUUGCUCGCCGCAAUCACCAUCACAACUAUGGCCUUCCUAGUGGCCGGUGUGUACUCCAACGAGAUGAAUGCUUUGACCGGCGACGAGGUGCUGAUGACAGGCUCGUCUUGCGGAGUGCAGAACUUCCCCGACAACGUGACGGUGGAGUCCUACUUACACACGUUCAACGGCUUCAUUAGCCAGAGGCUUCAAUCGUACCGCGAAUAUGCCCAGGACUGCUAUACCGACGACGGCACCAACCAAGCCAACUGCAAGUCCCUUGCGCGGUCUCGCCUAGGACGAUCAGUGGAUACGAACGCAGCCUGCCCAUUUGACCCAGCCAUCUGCAAAACGAACGACAAGAAUAUUCGACUGGACACCGGACUCCUGGACAGCCACUACGACUUGGGAAUUAAUGCCCCUUCUGACGAGCGUAUCCAGUUCCGCAGCGUCCUGCACUGCGCUCCGCUCGUCACGCAGAACUACUCAGACUCAUUCAACUUCUCCACACACGGAGCGACGGAUCCGUACAAGAGGUAUUACUACGGGCCCUUUGGCACGCACCUAAGACAGGAAAACUAUACAUUUAUGCAAAUCGACAACGCACGCCAUCGGUGGACAGCCGAAGCAUUUGCUACUACGAGGGCGUCGUACGAUCUAGGUCAAAUCUACUAUUCUCCCGGAAUCGAAGGCAUGGAGAACUUCGCUCCAAUUCCCGCCUUAGCGCGUAACGACACCGAUCUCAUGCUGCUUUUCCUUGCAGCAAACGGCGUCCUGUUCACCAACGAGGUCAACGACCCGUGGUACUCCGCGCACACUUACGUAGGCAACCUGUCCCUCGGAAACAUAGGCGGGAUAGUCGAGGCCUACAUGGCGGACGAGCCCGCCUCGCCGCUCGGUUGCACCAUGCAGUAUCAGAACUGCGUGCGCACGGCCGGCGGACAGAAAUGCUCGGAGCUAGGACAGCUUGCCCAGUCGAUUACGAUACCUGACCUCAACGACGCGCAGACGAAAAUGCUCCAGUUUAUCGACGAGGCGGCGCUCAGCAUAUACCCCAUGCAGCUCACGCUGGGGAACUUGGGGGGCAAGGGUCUCGUUUCGGCGUACACGCUCCAGGACGGCAUCCAGGCGCCGCUCGCGGAUAACCAGUGGCAGCUGGAUGUGCAGCGCUGGUUCGACAUCAGUCUGUCAGCGAUCCAGGGCGCGGCUGUGGAGACGGCGGGCGGGCCCACCACGCAGGACAUGAGGCAGUUUAUUCAAGCGCCGACGACCGAGCAGGGCAAGUACUUUUGCCGCAAUCAGAAAAUUCGCUCCGCCGCACACUCCAACUUCUCCGUGCUCGGGCUCUCCGUCAUGUUCUCCCUCGGCGUCGUCAUCGUCCUGAUCCACUGGUCUCUCGACACGCUCUUCAACAAGUGGCUGUGGCGGUACUGCCGCUCCGCGCACUACGCGUCGGUGGACUGGCACUGCAACGGCGUGCUGCAGCUGCAGCGGCUGGCGCACGAGGAGGUGGGCAGCGGACAGUGGCGGGACUGCGGGGUGGGCGAGAGUGUGCCACUAGCGGCGAGGGAUGUCAAGCUCGCGGGCUGGGACGUGGAGGACUUGGUGCAUCCGCGAUUGCGGGAGGGGCUGAAGACGGGGUAUGCGAGGGGCGCCGUGGAGCAGGUGAAGGUGGAGAAGGUGGGAAAGGGGCAGGAUGAACCGGUUACGGUUGGGAUUCGCGCGUCGUGGACGGGGGAUACGGCUGCCAGUGGGAAAUAGGCCAUGCUGCGGGAUAGCUGGAUCGAGUCAUUUGUUUUGCAGCUGUGAUGAAAUAGCGAGUUUUAUGUAUCGCGGGCUUUAUGGCUAAUAUAUGGGUGCACAUGCAU